AUGACUGGAGGCGGCAAAUCCGGCGGCAAGGCCAGUGGCUCGAAGAACUCGCAGACGCGUUCCUCCAAGGCCGGCUUGGCUUUCCCCGUUGGCCGUGUUCAUCGUCUCCUCCGGAAGGGAAACUAUGCUCAGCGUGUCGGUGCCGGUGCCCCUGUGUAUCUGGCUGCCGUCCUUGAGUACCUCGCUGCCGAAAUUCUUGAGCUUGCAGGCAAUGCUGCUCGUGACAACAAGAAGACGCGUAUCAUUCCUAGGCAUCUUCAGCUGGCUAUCCGGAACGACGAGGAACUGAACAAGCUUCUGGGACAUGUCACCAUUGCACAAGGCGGUGUUCUGCCCAACAUCCACCAGAACCUCCUGCCCAAGAAGACGCCUGGAAAAGGUGGCAAGAAUGCCAGUCAGGAGCUGUAA